AUGAUAGCUGUAAUAGUAAUGUCAUCCACCACUUUUGCCAUUCCUUUUUUGAUUGACAUUUUCGGAUUUGGUGGAGUAUUUGCAGCCAGAUUUGUGUAUGGAGUGGCAGACGGGUUUAUAUUGCCAGCUUCUAAUUGGAUUAUCAGUAGAUGGGUACCUCGGAAUGAACUGUCACAAGCUGGGUCUCUUUUCACCUCUGGAUUCCAGUUGGCUGGUAUUGUUGGACCACCUGUCUCAGCGGCGUUUUGUGAAUCAUCAGUCAAAUGGAGAGGAGUAUUUUAUUUGUGUGGUAAACUUUUUUGCUACAUUAAUUCGCCUUCUUUCUGUUUUUAAAAUUACAUUGAAGUACUAUAAUGAAAUUUCAAUGUACCUCACUAUUGUUUUUAAAAUUUUAAAAGCAUAAAAUACGUUUCAAGAGUGAUGGGAGCUCUAUGGGUUUUACUAUGUUACUUUUUGGGCAAGGAUACUUUCCAAAAGUCCAAGUUAAUAUCGACUGAAGAGAAGGCAUACCUGUCUGGAAAGAUAAAUGACCAACGAUACAAACAAAAAACGAAACGAAAGAUGCCGUGGAAAGAAAUGAUUACUUGUGUACCAUUACUGGCCUGUUUGUACAGUAGUUUCUGUUUCCAUGUUUUACUGAUGUUCAUUGCGUCAUAUACACCAUCGUUUUUUAAAGAAGUCUUCCAGCUCAAAACUAUCAAUGUGAGUUAACAUUUACUAUGCCUUGUCAUACGUUAAGUAUAUAACAAGGUUUCAGCAUACUAUAAACCGUUGUUUUUAGUUUUUUUAAAACUGUAUAUAUUAUUUACUUCUAGAACGGGUUCUACAGUGCCCUGCCACAUCUAGGGCAAGCUAUUACUAAAAUACUAUGGGGCAUAUUCAUUGAUGAUCUAAAGAUACGUGGUAAAAUCUCACAAACAACUAGUGUAAGGGUCUCACAAUCAUUCUGUAAGUUUUAAUGUACAUUACUACACCUAAAACUCAGCUUUUGUAAAAUAAUAUCAUUUUACAGCUUGCAUCCUAGUCGGCAUUAUAAUGCUGAUAAUUCGACACAACAUGGACUGUGAUGAUGUCAACGUUGUAGCAGUAAUGUUUGUUCUAUUAGGCCUAGCUUUGGGACCUUCAACUUCCGGCUUCUUCACCUCACUGUUAUCAUUGGCACCAUUACAUACUGGUACUCUAACGUCUCUGUCCAUGUUAAUAGGAUCACUGGGAAUGAUCGCCUGUCCUUGGAUAGUUAACAUGGUAAGAGUAAACGGUACUCCGGAAGAGUGGCAGACCAUAUUGUUGAUUAUCAGCUUGUUGGUCAUCUCUUCUGGCUUCAUUUUUGGUACGAUGGCUUCGGCCGAUGCUCAGAGUUGGGCUGUCCAGAAUGCAGUGAAUGCUGACAUUGUUAUGGAAAAGAACGGUGUUAACAAAGACCUUGAGGUUAACAAAGAUGUAGAGGUUAGCAAAGACAUUGAAGUCAAGGAUGAUAUCGGGGUUAAUGAAAACAACAGUCUUCUUCGGAAAUCGGCAAAAUAA